CCCCGUCCUUAUAUAAACGCCCACCACAGGUCGCACAGACGCAAACACGCACGGGUGGGUCGCAGCAACCGCUGAGAAUUAAGUCUCCUGCCGACCCUAAUUCUCGGCAUGGCGAGCGCAGACGGGCUUUUCCGGCCCAUCUACGAGGGUUGCAUCUCCGCCUUCGACAGCGACGUGGAGCGCCGCCCCUACCACCGCAACUGUGGGUGCGCCCUCCACUCCAAGUCCACCAGAGCCUGCACGCACAAGUCGCCGCGCGGUAACACCGUCUCAUACCCCAUCAGGAGGGCCUGGAGCGAAGGCACUUUGGCCACCGCCGCCCAUUCCUCCCCUUCCUCUUCCCCCGCGCCCUUCAGGUCCCACGAGGAUGAGGGGCACCAUCGUAAAUUAGGGGUCGUAUUUGAAGUGUGAACUCCCAUUCGGAAUCAAGUUAACACAUUUUUUUCUUCUUCAAUUUCUUUCCUUUUUAUUUUUAUUUUUAUUUUUUUUUCAGUUUUGAAUAAUUUGAGUCCGGUUCGGUUGGAUGGUUCGUCCAAGUCUUGGUUAACUUUUUUUUUUUUUUUUUUAAGUUGUUGAAGGUUGUCGUGGGUUUGUAUUGAUCUAAUUCAGCCAUUUAGAUCCAUCAAUUUGGUUGUUAAUUUCUCAAUUAGACAACCUCGUUUCUUGUAAUGAUGCUAAUUAAAUUUUUAUGUAUUAAUUAAAUCCUUUUAGUGUACGAAAAUAUAUGUAUCAUUUCGAAAAAUAUCGGUAGUUAGUGGAUUAUAUUAGCUAAUUAUUUGAAUGUGAACUUUGUAAGUAAUUAGUGAGUAAUGUUAUCGAGAUUUGCACUU